AUGAACUCCGUUUACCGCUCAACCUCUAUGAUUUUACUGGCCGGAGCCUUGCUAGUUACCCAAGUGGCCAUCAGCGUUGUUGGAAUAAACUGCGAUCCGUCUCGCCCAUCAGCCGUUUGCUUAUUGGCAUCCGACUACUACAACCCACACCCCAAAAUUAAGGGUAGGGUCGCAAACAGCAAAGGCUGCGUUGACGCCGCUGCAAAUGGCGGGUUUAGUGUUAUCCGGUGCUGUAAAAGAGAGUCGACACUGGGAGCGAACGGUCAACCCCUUGGCGGUGGCCGUAUGGUCACCUUUGAUCGGAAAGACGUAGUCCCCUCGGGUGGCCUCUUUAGCGUCGCUCAAGCCUGCACUUAUCCACACUGA